GGACUCCCAAUAAACGAAACUCGGUUAAACGAAAAUGCCUUAUUAACGGAAUUAAAUAGGAUCAUUUGGCUGGAUUUAUAGGUUCGGCACAGUAAAAUUCUUCGGUUAAUCGAAACACUACUUAUUGGUCACCUACGGUUAAACGGCACAAACGCUAAACACAACACAGACUUGCCCAUAACAAAAGUAGUCUCACAACCAUGGAAUGUAUAGCCAACGCCAUAGCCAGACAAGCCAAUCCAGUAGCCAUAUUGGCUUGUGCUGCAGCAGUAGCAGCAGGGGCUGUUAGCUGCGUUAGGCCUACUUGCGUGACUACUUACGGAUAUUUCGGCACGAUGGAGAGCGCGAAGAAGCGGCCGCAUCACGCACUCUCGCUUGAAAAGAAGCUCGAAAUUCUAAAGGAGCUCGACCGAAGCGGCCUGACCAAGACAGAGGUGGCGAAAAAGUUCGACAUCCCGAAGUCAACGCUGUCGCGGAUCCUGAAGAACAAAGAGACAAUCGAAGGAGCCGUCAAGAAUGGAACCUUCACCGCUAAGCGGAUGCGGAUGCGGACGACGCCUUACGAAGAACUUGAAAAAGUUCUUUUCGUUUGGUUCAAACGUGCGCGGAGUUCAAACUUUCCGAUAAGCGGACCCAUUCUGGAGCAGAAGGCGCGAGAGAUUGCCCUGCAGAUGGGUGUUGAGAACUUCGCCUUAAGCGACGGAUGGCUCAGUCGCUUCAAGAAACGCCACGGCCUUGUUUUCAAGGCAAUCUCAGGUGAGAGUGCUGCAGUGAAUAGAGACAUUUGCACCGACUGGCAACAGGGGCGGCUUCAAGAAAUUUUGAACAACUAUGAGCCGCGAGACGUCUUCAACGUCGAUGAGAUGGGCCUUUUUUAUAAAGUGCUUCCGUCAAAGACUCUCGCCUUCAAAGGCGAAGCCUGUAGUGGUGGAAAACACAGUAAAGAUCGCAUUACUGUGCUGGUGGGUGCCAACAUGGCAGGUGAUGAGAAGUUGAAGCUUUUAGUAAUAGGGAAGUCGAAGCACCCACGUUGUUUCAAGGGCGUUCGACACCUUCCCGUUACGUAUAAUGCUAACGGAAGAGCCUGGAUGACUAUGGCAAUUUUUGAAAACUGGCUACGGGAGGAAGAUGCAAGAUUUACGAGGCAAGGCAGGAAGGUUGUCUUGAUCGUGGAUAAUUGUCCUGCCCAUGGUCAGGUUGAUGGACUCAAGUCCAUCAGUCUCGAGUUCUUGCCAGCCAAUGUAACUGCAGUGAUCCAGCCAAUGGAUCAAGGGGUAAUACAAAACAUAAAAGUUCAUUACCGCAGACAGCUGCUCCACCGAAUGCUGCUUUGUGCAGACACUGGCAAGAGCUACAAUGUAGAUUUGUUGGCUGCCAUUCACAUUUUGGCCCACGCCUGGGAGCAAGUACAGGCAACAACCAUACAGAGGUGCUUCCACCAUGCGGGCUUUCAAGCUCAAGAACCAUUACCUGAUGAAGAGGAAAGCCUGGCUGAUGCUGACGCUGAUGCAGUAUUUAAUCAGGCUGUGCCCUCUGCCCCCUUCACACGACAGGACUAUGAGACUAUUGAUGAAAGUGUUCAAACCUGUCGCGAGGAGACGCUUGAGGAACUGAUUGCCGAAGUGCAAGCUGACGAUCAACCUUCCUCCAGCGAUGAAUGUGAUGAUGUCAUUCCCAGUGCAGUGGUGCCACCGGACAGUGCAGCUAAGGAGGCUGUUGAACUUUUGCAGCGCUAUUUUGAGCAUGAGGGUUGUCCUGAAUUUCUCUCUAGCUUGUCAGGCAUGGGUGCUUACUUUGUGAAGAAGCAGCUCAAGCAUGCCAAGCAAACCACACUUCACUCCUUUUUCUCUCCUACUCAUCCCGAUAAGUAAGCUAGGGUUGAUGCAAACGAAAUAAAGUUUUUGGUUCAUGAAAUAUGUGUACCUUGCUUAAAUGAAACUUCUGAUAAAUGGAACAGUUUUGUGGAUCCCCUUCGAGUUCCGUUUAAGGGGAGUCCACUGUA